AUGGCGGCGGUGUCCUCGUCCCGUCUCCUCUUCCUCGCUGCAUCGCUGCUCUACUGCGGCUCCACCGUCAUCGUCCCGGUCGCGUCCACCGCCUCAUCGCGGACGCACCACCACCACCACCCCGCCGCCACCCUCCUCCCCAGCAGCGUCACGUCGCCCAACACCACGGUGGCGUUCACCGGCGGCAAGGUGUACACCAAGGUGUGCGACGCCGCGCGGUUCGCGGAGCUGGGCCUGGACAUGGCGUCCUUCCCCUACUGCAACGCGUCGCUGCCGUACGCGGAGCGGGUGCGCGACCUCAUCGGCUGGAUGACGGUGGAGGAGAAGGUGCGCAACCUCGGGGACCUCUCCGCGGGGGCGCCGCGCGUCGGCCUGCCGCCCUACCGCUGGUGGGCCGAGGCGCUGCACGGCGUCGCCAGCACGGGACCCGCCACGCUCUUCGACGACGUCGGCGCCACCAACCACUCCGGCCGUGUCGCCGUCAACAACGCCACCGUCUUCGCCAACGUCAUCAACAGCGCCGCCUCUUUCAACGAGACCCUUUGGAAGGCCAUCGGCCAGGCGGUGUCGACGGAGGCCCGCGCCAUGUACAACCUCGGCAAGGGCGGGCUGACGUACUGGAGCCCCAACAUCAACGUGGUGCGCGACCCGCGGUGGGGGCGUGCGCUGGAGACCCCCGGCGAGGACCCCUACGUGGUGGGCCGGUACGCCGUCAACUUCGUGCGCGGCAUGCAGGACGUGCCGGGCCACGACGCCGGCGACGGCGGCGACCCGUUCUCGCGCCCCAUCAAGACGUCCACCUGCUGCAAGCACUACGCGGCGUACGACCUCGACAACUGGCUCAACCACACGCGCUUCGACUACGACGCCCGCGUGACGGAGCGCGACAUGGCCGAGACCUUCCUCCGCCCCUUCGAGAUGUGCGUCCGGGAGGGCGACGCCAGCAGCGUCAUGUGCUCCUUCAACCUCGUCAACGGGGUCCCCGCCUGCACCGACGCGCGCUUCCUGUCGCAGACCGUCCGCGGCGACUGGGGCCUCCACGGCUACAUCGUCUCCGACUGCGACGCCGUCCAAGUCAUCACCGAGGACGUCCGGUGGCUCAACCUCACCGGCGCCGAGGCCAGCGCCGCCGCCAUCAGGGCCGGCCUCGACCUCGACUGCGGCCAGAGCUGGAAGGUGCGCAAGGACGACGGGAGGAUGGUGGGUGACUUCCUCAGCAACUUCAGCCUGGCCGCCGUUGCGCAGGGCAAGAUCCGCGAGUCCGACAUCGACAACGCGCUCAGGAACCAGUUCAUGACGCUCAUGCGGGUCGGCUACUUCGACAACAUCCCGCAGUACGCGUCGCUCAACGAGACGGACAUCUGCACCGCCGAGCACAAGACCCUCGCCCUCGACGGCGCCAGGCAGGGCAUCGUGCUCCUCAAGAACCACGGCAACCUGCUGCCGUGUUGGACGCCGACAAGAUCCGUGCCGUCGCCAUGCACGGCCCGCACGUCAGGGCGCCGGAAAGAGUCAUGGACGCAGGCUACACAGGCAAGGCCACCGUGCCGGUACGUGACGCCACGCGAGGGCAUCAGCAAGCACGUCAAGAUCUCGCACCACGCCAAGACGACCAUCUACGUCGGCGGCAUCAACCUGCACAUCGAGAUGGAGGGCAACGACAGGGAGGACCUUCUCCUGCCCAAGAACCAGACGGAGGAGGUCCUCCGCGCCGCCGCGGCCUCGCCGAACCCGAUCAUCCUGGUGCUCUUGUCGGGCGGCGGCCUCGACGUGUCCUUCGCGCACAACCACCCCAAGAUCGGCGCCAUCGUCUGGGCCGGAUACCCCGGCGGCGAAGGCGGCACCGCCAUUGCCGACGUGAUAUUCGGAAGAUACAAUCCUGGAGGACGGCUGCCUCUGACGUGGUACAAGAACAAGUACAUCGAGCAGAUCCCCAUGACGUCCAUGGAGCUUCGGCCGGUGACGAAGCACGGGUACCCCGGGCGGACGUACAAGUUCUACUCGGGGCCGGAGGUGCUAUACCCGUUUGGCUACGGCCUGAGCUACACCAAGUUCCUCUACGAGACCAGCUGCAACGGCACCACCGUGAUGAUGCCCGUCGCCGGCGGCCACUGCAAGGGUCUCAGCUACCGCCCCAGCGCGCUGUCCUCCUUCGCCUCGUCUGCGCUGCCGUCCUGCCAGGCGAUCAACGUGGACGGGCAUGCGUGCGAGGAGACCGUGAGCUUCAACGUGAGCGUGGUCAACGGCGGGAGCCGCGACGGCUCCCACGCCGUGCUGGUGUACACCGUCCCGCCGCCCGAGGUCGCGGACGCACCCAUCAAACAGGUGGCCGCGUUCCGGCGGGUGUUCGUGCCGGCGGGGAGCACGGUCACCGAGAAGUUCACGCUGAACGUGUGCCGGGCGUUCGGGAUCGUCGAGCGGACCGCCUACAAAGUCGUGCCGUCGGGCGUCAGCACCGUGCUCGUCCAGAACGGCGACUCGUCGGUGUCCUUCCCUGUCAAGAUCGACUUCUCGGUUUGGUCGUUACUAGCAAAAUUGUCUGUGCAUUGCAACGGGUUAAUAAAAAGCAUAUACUAA